UAAUAGUAAUAAUAAAAUGCCAUCCUCCCGCUUCCUUUCCGUCAAAGCCCCCGCCCGACGCCAAACUGCUUCCAUAUAUUCUAUUUCUUCCAUUUUUGUUCAACAAUAGCGGAUUCUCUCUUUUCUGCUCUGCUUCUACACCAACUCUCCGGCCCCAUUACUUUGUUCUGCUCUUCAUAAUAAGCCCAGCUGGAAAUCAUGGCGACAGACACUUCCACAUACAAAUUGAACCAUUCUAUGCUUCGGGUGAAGGACCCAAAGAGAUCAGUUGAAUUUUACGAGUUCCUCGGCCUCUCCCUCAUCAACAAGAUCGAUUUCCCCGAGAACAAAUUCUCCCUCUACUUCCUAGCAUACAACGGCCCCCAGUCCCUCUCGGGUUCAAACCACUGGUCGGACAGGAACGGCGUCGUCGAACUUACUCACAACUACGGCACAGAGGAUGACCCUUCGUACGCAAUCACGAACGGCAACACAGAACCACACUGCGGAUUCGGUCAUCUCGGAAUCUCCGUUGAUAAUCUCGAGCUGGCAUGUAAACGCCUUGAGGAUGCCGGGUAUGUGUUCCAGAAGAAGAUUGGCGAAGGGAAGACCCAGAACCAGGCCAUCGUGAAGGAUCCAGACGGAUAUUGGAUAGCUAUCAGUUGGAAACACGAAACGGAUGCAGCCGUUGGACAGUCGGAUCCAUCCACCUAUCGGCUGAACCACACUAUGCUCAGGGUCAAGGACUCUCAAAAAAGUUUGAAAUUCUACCAGGAAGUUUUAGGCAUGACUCUUGUCCACACGGCCGAGCUUGAGAAUGGGGAAGGGAAGCGGUUUUUACUCGCCUAUCCCGCGUCCAAUCCGUCGCUCCAAGAGGGCACUGCCAAUCCCACCGCGGACUGGGAGGGUUUGGUGGAAUUGACAUGGAUUUACGGCACAGAAAAGCAGGAAGGGAAGGUCUAUCAUGAUGGCAACGCAGAGCCUCAGGGUUUCGGGCAUAUCUGCGUGUCAGUGGACGAUCUAGACGCUGCGUGUGCUCGUUUGGAGGAGCAAAAAGUGGCCUGGAAAAAGCGACUGACAGACGGGCGCAUGAAGAACGUAGCCUUCGUGCUUGACCCAGACGGAUACUGGAUCGAGAUCAUCCAGAACGAGAAGUUGAAAAAUCGAAGUAAUUGGUAAAGAGGCCGUGGGAUGAACUCUCAGCACUUCCCCGCGUUAAAUACCUCAGCAGGCGGCGUGUUUGCCUCGCAGCAUUUGGAGGCGGCCUGACUACUCCGUACACAGUAAAUAAACCCUUUACCCCUGGCUUGUAUGGCCGCGCAAGAUGAUGGGGAAUCUAAGAAUGAGUCAGCUAGUUUCAUAGUUAACUAGCUAAAACCAAUUCGAUUAAACUAAUAUGCACAGACUGAUGAAUGUAUUAGUUAUUAUUAUUAACUAGUUAUGAUGUUUUAUUUUGUAAGCUCAAGAGGCAGGGAAUUGGUCGUGUGAGGCGCCUGGCUGAAUGGAUAUCCAACCCCCACGGAGGAAGAAGAAACCAACCAUAUUAAUAAAUAUCCCAUAUCAUAUCAGGCUCUAAUAAGUUAGUUAACUAGUAGUUAACUAACUAACUAGAUGACGGGCUUCUUUUCUUUUUCUUUUUUUGCUUUUAUAUUUCCCCGCGGAAUAUUAUAGUGACUCGAACUGACCAGUGACAAACCCAACCCGCAAUCUGGUUGGCUCCCUUCGUAGUUAUUUUACUGCGUAUAGCGUAGUUAUAGUAUUCGCCUCAAAUGCU